UUUACCUUCACCAUACAAUUUCUCGCGUCGUCAGAUUUGGGCAAUAAACUGAUAUUUCUCGUGCAAUAAACUUGUUAUUAUUGUUAGAAAACCUGAAAAUUUACACGAAAUGGCGACACCUGGAGCUGGAGGAAUAGGUGCUGCGGGAGCAGGAGGAGGAGGGCAAGAUGGGAAUUGGAGAGCAACUCAAUUUAGAUCAAAAGUCGUUGGACAAAUCAAUGAUGCUCUACGAGAUGCCUGCAACCCUAUUGAGAAAUCAGGUAGUGAGCUGGAGGAACAUAUCUUCAACCGGGCCAGGGAUAGGGACAGUUAUCUGAGUCUUGUAGCACGUCUUAUUCUCCAUAUGAGAGAUAGUAAUGCUGCUAAAGAGAAGGGUUUGCCUGGUAGAAUGACUCCGAACAUGGCUGGCCAGCAACAAGAUCCUAUGGUAGCUCUGCAGGGACUAACACAAAUGGGCCAGUCCCAGAGUCCAGGACCUGGUCUUCAGAUGCAGCCUAACCCCAAUCAGAUGGUUCCUGGUGUUGGUAACCAAGGAAAUAGGCCUAUGAUGAGGAAUCAGAUGGGCCAACCUCAAGGUGGCAAUCUGAUGGACCAGCGUCAGCAGCAGCAGCUACAGAACCUUCAGAAGAUCAUGAGCACCCCUAGCCAGCCUGGUGGUAUGACUCCUGGUUCGGGGAUGCAUCAGGUAGUUUCACAAGCAGGUCCAAAUCCAUCACAACAACAGUCUCAAAUGCCUCACUACCAGGGUGAUGGAGUUGGAGGAAUGCAACAAGGUGGGUUUGCUGGUCCAGCGGGAGGAGGUGGGAACAUGACCCCCCAGCCCCAGACCGGUGUCAUGCCUGUAGGUCCUCAGGGUGGUCCAAACCAAAUGCAUGGUAUGCAGCAAGGUGGAGGCCAGAUGGGCAUGCCUCCAAACAACAUGAUGUCACAGCAGAUGAACCAGAUGGUAAGACCGCAACAGAACUUUCAGAGCCCUAUGGUGAUGCAGGCCCAAAAGCCCCAGGCCCCGAUACCGCCCCGGUCUCAAGUACCCCGCUCCUACCCAGUCCAGUCCACCCCACCCAUACAGUCUAGGCCACCCAUGUCUCCUUAUGGUGGCUAUCCCUACAUGAUGUCCCCUCAGUCUGUUGUGACAGAUUCCCCAGUGUACAGACAGCAGCCAUCACCGGCUCAGCAAACACAGCAAGGAUCAGCUCCAGGAUCUAACCCCAUGCAUUCACCAGCCAGCUAUUUACAACCAUCACCCUCCCCUCAGGGUCUCUCUAUCCCCUCUCCAGCUAGUGCAGGAUCCCAGAGAGGAGGCCCUCCCAGUGUACCUUCACCCAGCAGCACACUCAAUACCCCAGGCAACCCAUCAUCAGUAGGGAGUGUGAACCCGAGCCCCGGGGGAGGGAUGAGAGGUGGACCGGGGUCUAACCAGGGUCAAGCAGAACUGAUUGCCUACCAGGAGAAGAUGAGAUACCUCUCAAAGUACAUUGAACCCUUGAAGAAAACCAUCAUGGCUAACACCAACAGAGAGGACUCUGGUGGUCUCAGUGCUACUGAUGUAAAUAAGAUGAAGGGUCUAUUGGAAAUCAUAGCUAACCCCAACCCAAACAAGAGACUCACACUCCAACAACUCAACAAAUGUGAACAGUACCUUGAAGGAUUUGAACAGGUGAGAAAUCAACUCGCAACCGCCAGCUCAUCUUCCUCUGCAAUGACAUCAACGACAGCUACGACAGCCAGCACGGCAUCAGCAUUGGACACAAGGAUUAUGGGGAAGACGAACAUGUUUCAGCCUCUCUUAGAUGCAGUGAAGGCUAAUAUUGAUUCUCCUUAUAUCAACCAUACCCUACAGAGGACAUUUGGUCCUGCACUGACAACACUGCAAGGGACCCCAUCACACUUCCCAUCUCCACCUGCCAAGAAGCUAAAGACAGAACAUGAACGUAGCCCAACAACACAGACUGCUAUUCCUAACAUCAUCCAGGGGGAGGUGGCCCGGCUUGCCCCUAAGUUCAGAGUGAACCUUGACCCCAUGUUCCACACUAGUAGUAAAGAUGUCCAUCUCAUCUGCAGAUUAGAUGACAAGCACCUUCCAAGUGUUCCGCCAAUCAAUGUUGCCAUACCAGAACAGUAUCCAGAACUUAGUCCUAACUAUGAUGUCUCUCAACAAGAAUACAAUCAAACGCCUUUCCUGAAGCUGGUCCAGACCGCCCUUCAGCACCAGGUGAUGCGCAUGCCUGACCGCUACACCCUGACACAGAUCCUUGAUGCAUGGGAGAUGAGUGUCAGGAAGUCUUGUCUCAAGAUGAUUGCUGCAAGAGAUGCAACAUGAACAGACUUCCUCAAGAUUAACAGGAUAAAGAUUUGAAGGUAUUGUGGACAGACAUCUUGCAGAUGUGCAGGAUAAAUGUUUUAUGGAUUGGACUGGAGUGGACAAGCAGAUAAAACAGGAUAAAAGUUUAAUGGACAGGGAAGUCUUGAUAAUGAGCACAGAAGACAACUUGGAGGUAUACAUGGGAUGAAGGUUUGAAGGUAUUGUAUCUUGGAAAUGUGCAGGAUAAACGUUUAAUGGUCUGAAAGGUCUUGUGGACAUGCAGAUAUGCCAGCUUGAAGAUUUACGGGAAACCGGUUUUAUGGACUUGAAGGACUUAGUGAUAAGCUGAUUGGUAAAUUGGAUAUGGGAAAAGUAAUGUAAAUGCUGACUGAUGAAUGAAUUUAUUUGAUAUGGACAGGUUGCAAUGUCUUCUAAAGCUGAUUUAAGAUCCUUUUAUUCAGUCCUGCCUAUAGGUAUUGAUGCAAAAGGUGCAACACUAGCAUAUUGUUCAAGAACAUGAAAAUGUAUGAUGGAGUAGAGAUUUGUUGAGCAGAAUGGUCAUCAUUCAUGUCCAGCAUAGUAUUGAAGGGAAUGUUUGGAAGUAGAUGUCUUGAUUGAUAAGGGAUGAAAGUUUUUUUUUUAGUUGUUAUAGGAUGAGCACUUGGUAGAAGAGCAAUUACUGCAGGAGUUGCAGCAUGGACACUAGGCAAGGGACUUCUAAAAUGUAUGUUUCAACUGGACAUUUUUGGUGAUGGUCAAAUCAGUGCCUUUCUUGCCUGAGAAUCAACAGGAUCUCAGUUUGGAGAAUCUGUUAAGGGGCAAGAUAUUUUACAGAGGAAGACAUCAAAGUUAAUUUGUGUUGCAAGGAUGUAUUCAUGAGAAAGUCAUGCCUUGAGGUCAUUGUGCCAAUGUGGCAUGAAGCCACAGAAUUAAGUUUGUUUUAUUUAUUCAUUCUAGGAUUAUAGUCUGCUGAAAUAUUUAAGAUCUUGUGAUAUUAACAAUUUAAAAAGCCAAGAAUUAGCAAAUAUUUGUAGCAUUUUUUGAAUAUGCAAUGAUCUGGUUAAUUUAUGAAUUAGAUGUUAUAAAACAGGUGAUCACAGUAAGAUGUUGAAAGAAGAACCAUGAGAAGAAAGUACAAUUUCGGCGUAAAAAUGACAAAAGGUAAAAAAAACUUGGGAGUAUCUGUCAUUGCCAAUACAGGCCUUUCUUGUAUCUUUUGCGACAUUAUAUACAUGUGUAAAGACCUCUACCAUUUCUGUUCCAACGGCAUGCUUUUAUCAGCCAUAAUGGAUAUCACAGCCAGAGGUCUUGUUUCAUGAAGACUUGUUAUAUUAACAAAUGCACAAUCUCUAUAUUCACAACCAAUCAAAUUGAAUGAAAUCAGUAGCUUUUAAUUAUUAUUGCAAUUUUUUUUAUUAUAACAAGUUUCAUGAAACUGGCCCCAGAUCUGUUACAACACUUAGAGUAGUCAUUGCUGCCACAGACCCUUGAGGCUCCUUGACCUUGGACACAAAGCUUUUAAAAAAUGCAUACAAAAUUCUAUCAAAAUUGAAUACUAGUAUACUGAAUGAUCUUGGGGCGUUCCACUGUGAACCCCACUCUCCUAUCUUAAAUUAACUUUCAUUUUUAAUCAAAGCAACAUUGGCGUAAGUGCAUCAUUUGUGGGUUUUUUUUAAAUAAUUUUAUAUUCUCUGGAUAUACCCAUGCAGACACUGCUUUGCCAUGUACAUUCUUUUGGUAUGCAAGAUAAAAUAUCAUCCAAGACAAAAAUUAUAGAUUUUAUCUGAGAAAUUAAAAAAUGACCCAAAAUAUCAAUUUCAUUUUAAAGAUAAAAUUGAUCUCAAAAUACCGCCCAAGAAGUGUAGGUAAUUGUUUUUUAUUCAAGUAUUAUUUUUCAAUAUUAUUCAAUUGUUUGUCAAGUUGCUUGACAGGAUUCAUGGUCAUUUAUAUUUACUGUGUCCUCAUCAUGACAAUGUAACUUGUUUAUUGUUCAUAUUGAACUAAUGAAAUCAAUGACUAUCGUGUCAUUUAUAUUCAAAUUGGACUUGUAAUUGUGCAUGGUACAAGUAAUCUGAAAUUACAAUUGAUAAAUGUAAUUUGUUAUGAUUGAUUAAAUUUAACACUUCUACAGCA